CAGUCCAGAAGGUUCCAAGGAGACAGGAGCUGAGGGUUGGUGCUGUGCUGGGGACAGGCUGCCAGGUGCUGUGGCAUCUCAGGAAGACGCCUCAGGGACCAGGUGGGGUGGGUGCCCUGGGCCCCACGAUCACCUCUGUGCGCCCCCCUUCACAGGGUCCUAUGUCAGCAGAGACUAGGACCUGGACCGUGUCACUGAGUGCAGCCCCUGCGAACCAGCUCCUUCACUGCCCACCGCAACCGGGAGACCGUGUGCCUGCCGGGUGCCGAGUGCCACGAGGGUGGUCCCUGCUGCCCAGCCCCUGCUGGCCUCUCUAUGUGCACAGCAGGUCAGGAUGGGGAGGUGCCUGGUGCCCCGUCUGCCUGCCCUCCCCGUGUGCCUCGCUGUGGCCCAGCUGCUCAGCCCCUGCUCAGCUGAGUUUGCUGUGGUGGGACCCCCCGAGCCCAUCCUGGCCAUGGUGGGUGAAGACGCAGACCUGCCCUGUCACCUGUCCCCGGAGAUGAGCGCUGAGACCAUGGAGCUGAUGUGGUGGCGACCCAACGACAGGCAGGUAGUGCACAGGUACGCACACGGGCAGGAGGAGACACCAGCAGAGGAGUAUCGAGGGAGAACUUCGAUUUCCCGAGAGGACGUCACUGCGGGGAAGGCCGCUCUGCAGAUUCACAACGUCAGCGUCUCUGACAACGGAACCUACCUGUGUUAUUUCCAAGAUGGAGACUUCACUGCAGAAGCCCAGGUGGAGCUGCAGGUGGCAGCGCUGGGCUCUGACCCCCACAUUGACAUGAAGGGCUACGAGGCUGGAGGGAUCCGUGUGAGCUGCAUGUCUGCCGGCUGGUACCCGCAGCCCCAGAUCCAGUGGAGAGACGCCAGGGGACAGAGCUUGCCCUCGGAGGCAGCAUCUGCGGCUGCAGACCCCCAGGGCCUUUAUGCAGCCUCAGCCUCUGUGAUCCUGGAAGAUGGCUCUGGGAAGGGGGUCUCCUGUGUCAUCAGAAACCCCCUGCUGGGCCAGGAGAGGUCAGCCAGGCUUUCCAUCCCAGGUGCCUUCUUCAGGGACACACAGCCUUGGACGGUGUUGCUGCCUGUCCUGGUGCUGGUGCUAUUUAUUGUGGUGGUGGUGUACUUGCUGUUGCGACACUGCAAAAGGAACAAGGUGCCAUCUCAGGAUGAGGAGAGAGAGCACGAGAGACGCUGCAGGACCAGUUCGGUAAGUCCCCAUCCCCGUCCCUGCACGUCCCCAGUGUGCGCAGCUCAGCCUUUCCGGCGGCAUCUGCUCCCCCCUCUAGAGCCCGGAGCGGCCGUGCUGGGGAAGACCCCACUCUGCUGGCCUAGACCUCGGGGUGCACAGGGGGGCACAGAGGGCACGGGGCUUGUACAGCUUCCCGGGGCUGGGAAACGUCCUCCCCAACUCGGGGCUGAAAGACACAGAACUGACCAUGUCCCGGAUGUGGAGGCCACAAGUCUGAUCCAGGUGUUAGGUCGGAGGGUAGGGGGGCAGCUUCCUCCAAGGCCCUGGGGGCAGGUCCCACUCACCCCAUGCACUCACCUCGUUUCGGGUGGCCAGCUGUCCUGGGUGCUCCUUCGGGUGGGCACCCAUCAGUCAGCACCGGCCUCAGUCCUCACUGGCCUCUUCCCCGGGGGUCCGUCUCCUGAUGACCCUCAGUGGGCACUGGACGUAGGGCCCACUCUCGUCCAGUAUGGUUCCCUCGUCUGCAAAGACCCCGUGUCCAACCAGGCCACAUUCCUGGGUCCCAGGGGUCUGGAUGCAGACCUGUCUUGCUGGGUUCAAACACAGCCCCCAUGUCUCAGAUUCCCUGCAGAGUUGGGGGGACACCCUGCACCUGACCCCACAAAGUACUUUUCUCUGCUACCACACGGCCCCAGCUGAGCUGCCAGACGAGGUGGCAUUUCCCCUGAAGUGGCUGGGGAGGGCUGUGCUGCAGGCCCCUGCCACCAAAAGUCACGGCUUUGUUCUUCAGUCACAGGGGGGCACCCAGCCCAGGGUGAGUCUGCUGCCCCAGGAUGCGGAGCGCGGCCCACCAGCUGCCGGUGCGGACACCAGGCCACUGCUGGAGCAGCGGGGCGCAGCCGUGCGGUCCCCUGAGGACUCUGAGGCCCGUGUGGAGCUGCAGGCGGUGGUGCCCGCAGGGGGCAGGGCCACCCCACCGUAGGCGCUGCAGACCCAGGUGCCUCCAGGGUCCCGGCCCAGGCUGGGGCGG